AUCAAUGUGUCAAAACAGCACAUACAUAUAGAAAAUAUACGUACGCAACCAAAUAAUAAAAAAAAGGCUGCAGGCUCAAAGAGUUUUGGAGACCCGGAUCCCAUUGUGAAACCUCUCUCCUUUUUAUACUCUCUUCUUCUAAAUUCUAGGAGUCCCAGAGAUUAAUGCUUACAUGUUUUUUUAUUUCCCAAAAAAAAAUAUAAAACAAACCCAUAUAUCUAUACUCUCCAUACCUUCUCCGGAACUUCAUCUUUCUUGACUUGUGUAUCAGUUUUGCCAUUAUUGUCCCAUCAAGAUUAUUCAGAUACUUAUGAGCACCUAUUGGAGGUGUUCAUCAAGGUAGUGAUUUGAAUUUCUGGACCCAAUUUGAAGAUGAGAAGAUUUGUUGCUUGCGGACGACAUCUAAGAUCAGCUUUUCGACGCCAGAGUGAUAUUAUCUAUUGUGGAAUAGGCAGAAGAAGUUAUUUUGUUGAUACAAAUCGGAAGGCCCUGUGUAAGCAAUCUUAUAAUGUCGACCAAUGCUUACAUGGACACCUCUCUUUUGUGAUAUCAAGAACUUUAUAUGCUGAUGUUUCAAGAAAUACUGAUGAAGAAUUGAGCAGUUCUUGGCCUUCUGGCCCCUUGGUGGAGUACGAACGUAGAAUUGCUGCAGGGGAACUCGUGGACGGUGAUACUUGCCAGAUAGGAACCUUAAAAGAACUUCAAAGACUAUAUGAUGAACUUGUCAAGUCAGCUGAUGCUUGUCGUUUAGAUCGGUAUGCUGCUUCAGAAAAAGCAGCAAGGAGUAGGUGGUUAUGGUCCCGUUUUAUGCCGCAGUCAUCAUACUCACCUGUGAAAGGUCUCUAUCUUUAUGGAGGUGUUGGCACUGGGAAAACUAUGCUGAUGGAUUUGUUUUUUGAACAGUUACCUUCAAAUUGGAGGAAAAAGCGGAUCCAUUUUCAUGACUUUAUGUUGACUGUUCACAGCCGCUUGCAGAAACACAGGGGUGUUGCUGAUCCCCUUGAAGUUGUUGCAGGGGAAAUCUCUGAUGAAUCAAUAUUGUUAUGUCUAGAUGAAUUUAUGGUCACUGAUGUUGCUGAUGCAUUGAUACUAAAUCGCUUGUUUGGACAUUUGUUUAACAACGGUGUUAUUCUUGUUGCUACUUCAAACCGGGCUCCAGAUAACCUGUAUGAACGUGGACUGCAAAGAGAUCUUUUUCUACCUUUCAUUGCUACUUUGAAGGAAAGAUGUGUAGCUCAUGAGAUUGGUUCAUCAACAGACUAUCGAAAAAUGACUUCGGCCGAGCAAGGAUUUUAUUUCAUUGAAAAAUACGAGUCAGAUGUUCUUAAGCAGAAGUUUGAACAAUUGAUUGAUAGUCAUAGUGCUGGUCCGCAAGAGGUGGAAGUUGUUAUGGGAAGGAGGUUGCUGGUUCCACUAGGUGCUAAUGGAUGUGCUUACUUCCCUUUUGAAGAACUUUGUGACAGACCUCUUGGAGCUGCAGAUUAUUUUGGAUUAUUUAAGAUUUUCCACACCUUGGUUUUAGAUGGUAUACCAAUCUUUGGGCUCCACAACAGGACAGCAGCAUAUCGGUUUGUUACUCUAGUUGAUGUUAUGUAUGAGAAUAAAGCUAGAUUAAUGUGCUCAGCUGAGGGGACCCCAUUUGACCUCUUUGAGAGGAUUGUUACUAUCUCUGAUGCACAACAGAUGGCACCUCGAACCUCUUCAAGAUCAAGAAAAAAUGAUGAAUAUGAUCUUUGUGUGGAUAAUGAACUGGGUUUUGCGAAAGAACGCACGAUUAGCAGGUUAACCGAGAUGAAUAGCUCUGAGUAUUUGGAGCAGCAUGCUGAACUAUUAGCAGAGAAGUGGCUCCCACAAAGUGACAACAAGGAGGCCAUACAAGCAUGAAUGCAGCUCUUGGAUCUUGGGCAGAUAGCUAUUGUAUUGUAUGAUUCUGUGAUUAUUACAACAUGUUACUACAAGAUGUCUGUGCAAUUAGUAUCUAAAAAUUCAGCAGCAUUGUUAGAUAUAAUUUAUCUUAUAGACAUAUAGUAAUAAACAGACAAUCAGUCGCGAUACCGUAAAAGCUGUAAUGUUUACCCGUCAGUUGUACAACUUGCACUGGGGUUUAGCCGUUUAGGUAUACAAAUGAAUAACUUUCAGUUGUACAACCUACAUUGUGGUUUUGGUAUACAAGUGAAUAACUGUUAUCUUGAA